CGAUCAUGUCCAACCCCACCGUCCCUCUCCAGAACUCAGAUCCUAACGCUCAAACCGGUAUGGCCGACCCUCAACAAAAGUUUAUGGGGAUACCCAAAGGCGCGGGUUUAUUAGCUAAAAAAGGUUUUUUGGCCAAGGGAGGAUCAUCGAUAGUCAGUCCGACAGAUAAUGUCCUCAGUCCAUGUUCUGCCAAAUUGAGUGGAGCGAAACAACGUCAUUUUCAACCAAAACAAAAACCAAUGGGUAUAUCAAGUCAAUUAUCUCAAUUGGCAGCUUCGAACUCUUCCCAAUCCAACGUAGACGAAUCAAAGCCUAAGACGGACCUCUAGAUCAUCACGGAAAUGCCGUUCCUCGCUCUUACUCCAAUCUUCUUUCUCUACCCUUGGAAAGUUUUCACUCUCCAUGUUUUGUCCCGUGGUGCUUUCCCUAUCGCGUCAUCAAGCUCAACACACACUGAAAAUUGAGCCGAAAGAUAGGGAGAAUUAAUUGAAUUCUGGGUGAUCCUUGUCACAAGUGUACGUUCGAAUGUUGCAUAUGCAUUGUCCUCUCUGUUGUUUU